AUGAUAAAAGUAGGAUUACUUCUAAUUUUAAUAUAAUGCUAUGUCUAUUCAUAGUCUACAAGCACUACAACAACAAAAAUAUCAACUUCAAACAAAGUGUGUUCUUGUGAGUAACUUUAGAAUUAAAAAGAAUGUCCAAUACUUAAUUGCACUUGGGAUGGAAGUAAGUGUUCAAACAUACCUGAAACACCAAAAAUAUAAUCUUAUUGUGAUUUGAUAUCAAUAGAUAAAUGCAAUACAACUGAAGGUUGUGCUAAGGUAUAAGAAAAAUGUGUAUGGUUUACUGGAUGCACACUAUUCUUUUAUACUUCAUUAGAAUUAUGUUAAAACAUAUCUGAAAGAUGUAUAACUGAUGGAGAUUAAUGCAUAGAAUUGAGUGAUUGUACUAGUUAUGAGAAUUCAAUAAGUUGUCUGAAAGAUUAAAACGGUAUGUAUUGUACUUGGAAUACUCAAACAUAGUUAUGUGAUUAUCCAACAACAUGUGAAUAAUUACCUAUCACUCUUAAAACAGAUUAGUUAUGUAGGUAAUAAUUAAAAACAUGCACAACAAAGGAAGGAGGAGGAUGUGAAACAAGUCAAGAGAAAUGUGAAAAUUAAAAAAUAUAAGAGGCAUGUGUUACAAAUCUUGAUUAAACUUAAAAGUGUUUAUGGAAUGAGAAUAAAUGCAAAGAUUUAAUUUGUAUGAAUGCUUCUACAAAUUUAAAUAAUCAUUAACUAUGCAACACGUAUCUUCCUACUUGCACAGUUAAUGAAUCACAAAAUGGAUGUCAAGUUAUACCAGAAUUAUGUGCAUCACUAUAAACAUCAUAUAAUUGUGUUGUUAAUAAAUCUGGAAAUAUAUGUUACUGGAAUAAAAAUACAUAAAAAUGUGAAGAUUAAAAUUGUGAUAAUGCUCCUGAUUCAUAUUUAAGUAAUGAACAAUGUUUAACAUGGUUACCAGUUUGCACAGUUAAAUCAUCAGGAAUUGGUUGCAUUACUAAAACUUAAGAUUGCACAUAAUACACUACUGAAAACCAAUGCAUAUAAACAAUCACUGCUGAACCUUGUUUUUGGAAUCAAAAUAAAUGUAUAGCUAAAAUUUGUGAUAAUGCUCCAGAUACUUUUGUCAAUCAUGAUUAAUGUUCAAUAUUUUUAUCUACUUGUACUGUAUAAUAAGAUUUAACAGGAUGCGAAUCAAAAAAAGCUUCAUGUUCUAAUUACUAAAAAGAAGAAUAGUGUGUAUCUAUUAUGGAUGGUUCACUUUGUGUGUUCUAAGAUAAUGCUUGUAUUCCUCGUAUUUGUAGUAAUGCUUCCGUAGAAUUGACAACUGAUUAAGCAUGCAAACGAUUCUCACCUACUUGCAUUAUUAAACCUAAUUAACAAGGUUGUAUUUUGUAAGAAUGUUAAAAUAUUUCAACUAAGGAAUUAUGUACAUAUGAUUAUCAAAAUAAUUAAUGUUAUUAUGGUAAAAAAUGUGAAGUGAAAACUUGUUAAAAUGCUCCAGAUUCAUUUAAAUCUGAUGCAGAAUGUAGAGAAUACUUAGUUUAAUGUACUAUUGAUGAUGAUUUUUAAGGAUGUAAAGUUAGACCAUUAAAUUGUUCAGAUUUAAAUGAAUUAUAAUGUAAAGCAUUAACAAAUGGAACAAAAUGUAGUUGGAAUGAUGAUGAUUAAAAUAAUAAAUUCUGUAGAAUAUUAAAUUGUGCAGAUGUUCCACCUGAUAUAUAGACAGAUGAAUCUUGUACUAAAUUUGAUAACAGUUGUACAGUUGCAGAGAAUCCAAGUAUUUGUAUGUAAAAGCCUGGUACUUGUGGUAAUGUUUUAACAAAAGAUCACUGUCUUGCUGUAGUAUUGGCUGAUCAUAAAUCAAAAUGUAGUUGGAAUGAUGAGACUUAAAUCUGUAGAUCUAGAGUAUGUUCAGAUGCUGAUACAACUAAUGUAACAGAGGAGAAUUGUAGAUCAUUUAUGCCUAUGUGUACUAUCAAUGAUGAUAAAACUGGGUGUGUUUAAGAACCACCAACUUGUAAAGGAUAUAAAAAUUCAGAACUUUGUAAUAAAUUAUUAGCAGAUCCUAAUAAUAUAGUUUUAUGUGGAUGGAAUGGAUGUGAAGAAAGAACUUGUUCUAAUGCUCCAAUAUUAAUAGAUGGAGAUUAUACUCAUGCUACUUGCAAUAAUUAUUUAGACACUUGUACAUUGAAUGAUGAUUAAACUAGUUGUGUUCCUUUAUUUACAUCAUGUGGGUAAAUUAAAAAUUUAACUUAAUGUAAUGAUACAAUAUUGGAAGAUAAAUCAAGAUGUACUUUUGAUUUAAGUGUUUAACAAGUUUAUUGUCGUAGUUUCUAAUGUACUGAUAAUACUUCAUCAGAUAUGACUCAUUAGUUAUGUAUUGCCUUAGGAACUUAAUGUACAUUAGGAAUUGGAGGUGUUGGAUGUGUUAAUUAAUUUAAUUCUUGUUCAGCUGUGACAGAUUAAUAUUAAUGUGAUGAUACUAUUAUAGUAGGAAAUAAAUAAUGUUUUUGGGAUGCUAAUGUUAAUCCUCCUGUUUGUAAGGAUAGGGUAUGUUCAUUUGGAUCAAAUAAAACUAAUUCGUCUGAAUGUGAAGCUUUUAUGAGCACAUGUACAAAAGGAGCAAAUAAUGAAAAUUGUAUUGAUAAACCUGCUUAAUGUAAUGGAUUAACUGAAGCAAGAUGCAAUAAUGUAAGAUUAUAAAAUGGAGAAUUUUGUUCUUUUGAUAUAACAAUUAAUGAUGCUAAUUUAUAAUGUCAUAAUCGAGUGUGUGCAGAUGCUCCAGCAACUUAUUAGACAGAUACUCUAUGCAGAGGUUGGUUAUCCACUUGUACAGUAAAAGCUGAUUAAACAGGAUGUACAAAUGAACCAAAUGAAUGUUCUUAAAUGAUGAGAGAGUAGUGCUUUUAAAUAAAGAGUACAGGUGUGAGUUGUUUUUGGAAUACAACAGGAGGAUCUGGUAGUUGUAGAGCAGCAUAAUGCACAGAUGCAAGUAAGAGUAAGUUUAGUACAGAUGUGUAAUGUAAGAAUUUUAAAUCAGAUUGUACAGCAGGUAAAAGUGGAGGUUGUAUUACAUAACCUACAAGUUGUGAUGGUUUAGAAUAGGAUCAUUGUUCAAAGGUAACUAUAAAUGCAACAGGAAAGAGUGGAAGUGAUAAUAAAUGUAGUUGGGAUGUAAAGAAAUCUGUUUGUUAAGAUAGAGUAUGUUCAGAUGCUCCAAUAACAAUUACAAGUGAAAGUGGAUGUAGAUCUUGGUUGAAAAGUUGUACAUUAGGAUUAACAAAUAAAGGUUGUAUAAAUGAAUUUACAUCAUGUGAUUAAAUUUAAACAAUCAAUUAAUGUAGACAAUUAUCAAAUGGAUAAAAAUGUGGUUGGAAUACUGGUUGUGUUGGUAGAUAAUGUUCAAAUGCUCCAUCUACAUUAAAAACAGAUGAAGAAUGUAGAAAUUAUUAAUAAAAUUGCACAGUAUAGAGUGAUGGUACAGGAUGUGAAUUGAGAAAAUAGACUUGUGGUGAAAUUGAUGUAGAAAUAUAAUGUGUUAAAAUUAAUGAUACUUAAAAAUGUUAAUGGAUAAAAGAAAAAAAAUAAUGUGAAUCUCGUUCAUGUUCUAAUGCACCAUUAACUUUGACAUCUCACUAAACUUGUGAAGAAUAUUUAUCUAAUUGCACAGUCAAGAUAAAUGGGAAAGGGUGUUAAAAUAAAUUUGAUAAAUGUGAUAUGUAUUCAUAGAUUAAUUAAUGCAUGGUUACAUCAAGAGGAACCAAAUGUUAAUGGAUUGCAGGAUCUUGUCUUGAUAUAUUAUAAUCAUGCACUACAUAUUUGUAAGAGAAUGCUUGUACAAAAUAAAGUGAUGAUUCAAUAUGUGUUUGGAUAGAUGGUUCAUGUUAUAAUAGAUAAUGUUAACAUGCUCCAAAAUCAUAUUCAACUCAUAAAUAAUGUUAAGAGUAUGGUAGUAAUUGUACAACUAAUGGUAGAGGAUGUAUGAGUAUUAAUAAAUGUUCUGAAUACAAACAUUAAUCUUCUUGUGUAAAAGGAAGUGAUGGUGAUUGUACAUAAAUUGAUUAAUGUUAAAUGAUAUAAUGUGAGAGUGCUCCAACAAGUUUAAAAACAGAUUCAGAAUGUUCAAGUUUUUUAAAGAAAUGUACAACAAAUGGAAAUGGCUGUAUAGAAAAAAGGAGAUGUUAAGAUGCUUAUAUAGCAGAGGGUUGUAAAUUUAAUAGUUUAGAUGGAAUAUGUGUGUGGGUUAAUAAUAAAUGUUAUGAUAAAACUUGUGAGACAGCAGAUGAAUCGAUAAAGACAGAAACAGGUUGUGAAGAAUAUUAUCCUGGAGCAAAAUGUACUACAAAAUUAGGAGGUGGUUGUAUAUAGAAAAGCAAAUGUAAAGAUGUUUAAAUAGAAAUAGCAUGUACUUCUUAAUAUGAUGGGAAAUUAUGUUCAUGGUAAGAUGGUAUAUGUAAAAUGAAAUCUUGUUCUGAUUUAUUUGGUGUUGAUCAUUAAACUUGUUAUGCUUAAUAAAAUGAUUGUACUACUGAUGGUACAAGAUGUAUUUCAAUGAAAACAUGUUCUAAAACUAUAAAAUAAAUAUCUUGUGUAUUAGGAACAGAUGGACCUUGUUUAUGGAGCAACGAUAAAUGCUAUAAAUAUACUAAAUGUACUGAUUUAAUCUAUUAUACUCAUCAAGAAUGUAAUAAAAUACAUCCAUAAUGUACUACCAAUGGAAAUAAUUGUAUUCCUAUCAAUACUUGUAUUAAUACUCCAAAAAUUGGAUGUUAUGUAGGUAUUAAUAAUUAAGCUAACAUUUAAUGUAUGUGGACUCCUAUAUCUACAAAAUAAUCAGCUAUUCAACAAUGUAUUGAAUUCAAACAGUGUACAGAUGCUUAUUAUCUUAAUCAUAAUGAUUGUUUUAUAUAUUCUUAAGGUUAAUGUACAUCUGAUGGAAUUAAUGGUUGUAUCUAAUUAGAAACAUGUGAAAAUUAUACUAAAGAAGUAUCAUGUGUAGUUGAUAAAUCUGGAUAAAUUAUUAAUCAAUCUGGGAAUGUAACAUCUACUGGAUUAUGUAUGUGGAAUAAUGAUAAAUGUAUUAUAUAAGGAUGUUCUUAAUUAAAAGGGAUCACCCAUUAAUAGUGUAAUUCUUAAUUAAAUACCUGUACUUCUGAUGGUUCCAAAUGUAUUACUAAAACAACAUGCAAUACACUUAAAACUUAUGAUUCUUGUGUUGCUGCUACUGGAACUGAUGGUAAAUGUUCAUGGAAUAAUUAAUUAUGUAAUCCGAUGAAAUGUUCUGAUUAUCCUAUUACUUAAUGUUAACUCUAUUCUGAUGAAUGUAUUUAAAAUGGAUCAUCUUGUGUCUAAAUUUAAUUAUGCUCUGAUUUUAAAACAUAAGCAUCAUGUGAUCGUGGAACUAAAACAACUGUAUGUGCUUGGGUUACUACCAGUACAAGUAAAAGUCUAUGUGUAGAAAUCACCUCUUGUACUAUUGCAACUGCUUAUGAAAAAGCUUGUAAAACCUUAUCUAAUAGAUGUUACUGGUAAUCCAUCACCAUCUAAGAUUUAGCAUAACAUAUUUGUGUUGCUAAAACAUGCGAAAUUUAAACUGAUGGAACUUGCACUGGAUAUUAUGAUUGGGAUUUAAAAUAAUAUACCAUCUGUCAUUUUGAUGCACAAAAUAAAUGUGUCUAAAUUGAUCCAUCUACAUUAACAUCUGAAGAUUGCUUAACCAAAACACUUUAUUAAUACACUUGGAAUUCUAAUUCCAAUAAAUGUUAAAUCUGUAAUAUAUCAACCAAUGUUACUAAUAAUACAAACAAACCAAAUACAACCAAUAAUAAUACAGAAUCAUUCUCUUAAAUCUUAUUCAUCACCUUAACUGCAUUCCUAAGCCUUUAAAUUUGAAUGAUAU